AUUAUCUCGAACCGGACCAGAAAGAGUUACACCCCUAGUUUUAACUGUGUUGCAUAUCAGUGUAGUCCUGGAUCUCCAUGAGAUGCUUUGGCUUUUGUGCCCACAGCUGGACAUAUGCUUUGGCUUUUGUGCCCACAGCAAGAAGGAAGAAUGCACCAAGGUGCUAAUCUGAGGCAUUAUGUCUCACUUGAUGUACAACAUAAUUUCAGAUAAUUUGACUGUUGCAACAUCUCACUCAUUUAGCUAGCAUUUCAGGCCACCAUGCAAUGGUUAGAGGCUUAGAGCUCUUCCAAUUAGUCACACAUUUAUCUUAUCUUAGAAGGUAACGAUCCAAUCCAAGGUUUUGGUGCCUGCUGAACCAAAUUCUGGUGUGUAUUUGUUGUAAGUUGCUGGGGAUCUAAAUCAAUUAGUCCCUUCUGAAUGCUGAUGGCUUGACAAUGCACACAAAGCCGCAUGAUAUCGCUUUGAAUGGUAGCUUUGAAAAGAUAUAGUUGUCUGUUUGACUGACAGCUUUCAUCUGAAAGGUUGUGCAUGACACGAAGCAUCGAUGAAAACCAUGGACCUCAACGCUUCAACGUUGCAUAUCAAGGCUCUGGAAACUCUUGCUUGGAGUCUCUUUCGGUGGUGGAGGGGGCAGCUGCGGCACCAUUGCUGUAGACAUCUAGACAUGGGACUGGGGGUACCUGGUGGGCCUGGCUGGGGACCUGGCCCUGGGGGACCUGGUUUUGGGCCUGGACCUGGUGUCUUCUUUGGUGGGUUUGCUAAUGGUUUAUGCAGCAUGAUAUCUUCGUGUUUCUACUGCCUAUGCUGUUGUUGGUUGCUACAAGAUUGCUUUGGUGGACCCCGUGGACCAUAUGGCCCUCCCGAAAAAGAAAAAGGUCAGACUUUUAACUUUGCUGCCGGUCACAACAGUACACACGCACAAACACACAAAAUCAUGCAGUUGCAGAUCUUUGCCCGGAUGCCAAUGACUUGGAGAGCUCAUGAAACAUGCCCUUCUUUUAUACAGCAUUAAGUACAACACCUUGCCCUGAGUUUGAAUAAAAGAGUGGGAGCAUUCGAGCUUCAACAAGCACGUAAUUAGUGAUUACACGUUUUGGGGACUUGCAAAGAAAUAAAAACAAAAAUCUAACAAGGAUGAUUUUCUGGGUUCCAACAAUGAAACAGCACCGAGAAACUCAUAAACUAGUCUCGAGUUGUCAGUCCAAACUCUCACUCAAAAGUCAAAAUACAAGUGGACCAUGUUAGAAAUAACCAUCACGAUAACCAUGUAUUGCUCAUAACACCAACAAUUUUAUGUACAGAGAAGCAAAGCCAAAAUGCCUAACAGACAAGAUGGUAGCUUGAACAACUCUUUCGCCAAAUGCCCCAUGCUGCACCUAGCCUUCCAAUCAACUUCAAUUGCUUUUGCCAACAUCUGUAAGUUAUUCACAAGCGAUCUUAGUGUCAAAGCUGCUGAGACAUAUGGCAAAUGCCUGGAAAGCCGAGAUUGGAUAUUGAUAAUCCAUGGUGAAUACAUCCUUCCCCACUUUGCCAAACUGGAGAAUAACAUUCUCAUACUCUUGCCCAGUAGCUCCAUUCUCAGGAGAAGCAACCAGCUGAAAAUUCUUAACUGAAGCAAUUGUCACACGUCCAUUGAAGUUCAGACACCAGCAUUGUAGUUGUUCAUGCCACCUAGGACCCUUGUUCCUUAAAAUUAGCAUUGCCUCACUCUGAUCAGACAAAUGUUCAGAUUGGAAACUCUCUGUGCGGCUUGAUUUUGAUCUGGAGAAAGGGAGAGAUGGAAAACCAUCCAGACCACUCGGUAGGAAAUCAGUCUCUGUGGGAGCCACACCACCUGGCUCGACAGGAAAGGCAGGAAUGGCAUCCAUGACACACUGCAUUUUCCUAGGACCCCUGGUCUCCACAAUAUAUGAAAAUUUCAGUUUCAAAUAGAAAAAACAGUGCAGUAGCUGAAUAUGAUGGAAACAAGCCAAAUGAAUUUUCAUCAUGCCGGUUCCAUAUAUUUUCAUUUCCUGUGAAGAUAAAGAAUUAGUUUUAAA